AACCAAGUGCAUCCAAUGUCGCCAUUCGUCCCUUUCCCGGCGCCUCAGUCGCCCCGACUUGCCUGCGGGAGAAACACGAGUUGGGAGGUAUCCUACGCCUUCGAAAUGACUGUGGUGAAUGAAGCUUUUGGGCGACUCACAGGGCGCCAAGUGUUCGACGAAUUAGCAGUUGUCUUAGCUAAUGUCGUCGGCGUUUCGAGCAAAGCUCUUAUUUAUAUGUGCAUGAGAAGAUUCAUUCGGAGCUCAACAUUGUUAAUGAGGUUGGGCGGGUCCGAAUGGAAUAGCUGCGGCCACGCGGCGACGCAACAGUUGCCGAUCCCGCACUCUAAAUCCAUCCCCUCCCACCGCAUGUCGCCCACGCAAGUUUGCUCACCUUCCCCCUCCUUUUCUCCGAUAGAUCCCCCCACCGCAUGCGUCUUCUCGGAGAACUACUUGGUGAGGAAGAAGCUGAUGGAAGAAUUCGAGGAAGCCGAUAUCCUGUGGCCCGACUACGAUCGCGACGAGGACGAGCUCACCGAGGAGUGGCACGCCGGACUCGGAACUCGGCGGAGGACGUCCAGCCCCGUCGAGAUCCCCUCGAGACCUCAACCGGUUCGUUCUUGGACGCUGGGCUUCGCCAGUUCCGACCGCGUUCACGGUGACGAUGAUGAUAAAGACGACGGAGGCAAAACCCACAACGUCCCGCCGCACGUCAUGGUGACCCGCAGGAUCGCCGACAAGACGUCCUUCUCGGUGUGUGUCGGCACCGGCAGGACGCUCAAGGGACGGGAUCUGAGGCAGGUCAGGAACUCCAUCCUGCGGAUGACCGGAUUCCUGGAGAGAUGACGCUCCAUGCAUGGUUCAUCCAUCCCGGGAAAGAAGAAGAAAGAUGGAGCUAAGCCUCUUUGAAUUCGGGAGUCCCACAAACAUUGCACGAUGUACCACUCAACAUAAGUUCAUGAAACAGAGCUGUGCAGACUUGACUGCUGGUAGGCAAUGCUUGUUAUGUAUGUGCCCAGUAAUGCUUGUUAUGAUAACGUAUAUAACCACAAUUUUUGAA